AUGGGCGAGGAGCGCUACCGGCUCGUCGUGCUCGGCUCCGCCAAGGUUGGCAAGACGUCAUUGAUACGGCAGUACCUCUAUCACGAGUUCUCCGAGAAGUACAAGGAGACGAUCGAGGAUUUGCAUUCCAGGCAGUUCAGGAUUCAGACGUUCAAAGAGAUGUCCGAUCUGUGGCAAGAGAUCUGCGAUCGGCGUCCGGAUAUUGCACUCCUGCCUACCGUAGUCGUUGGGAACAAGUGCGAUUUGGGGUCGAAGAAGAUAUUCGAAGCUACCGCUACUGCUUUUACAAAGCGUUUGAGUGGAGAUGUACGAUAUUUAGAGGUCUCGGCCAAGAACAACCUCCGUGUCGUCGACAUUUUUCGGCAACUCCUGGAGAUUUCCGGAUUUCCCAGAUGCAAGGGUAUUAACCUUCCCACUCCUCUCAAGGCUUCCGGUGGACGGCUUGAAGACCUCGGUGAGGAGUCGAAGGAAGGUUCUCCGAUUUUGAGAAGAUAUAACACAACGAGGGAACGGCCGACGAAUCGGCAAAUCUUCAUGCACAAGGAAGCGUUCAAGGAAAACGAGGUCCAGGCCAAGGAAAGUCCACCAUUAAACCACCAAGCCUCCCAUCCACUACUCUCCCUCUCCGAACGAAUCCUUGGCCACAACGACCUGAAGCGGAAUCGAUCGUUAAGGAUGAAAUCGCCACGUCGUGAAAAGGACACCAUCGAAAAGAAAUCGUUGGAUGAUACUGAGACCAAGCCGCUGAGCCGCUCCGGGAGUCUGAUCCGCCGAACCAAACAUCUCAGCCUCAAGAUGCGCCGCCAUGGGGAUAAGCAGGAAAGCCCGCAAGUCGUUGACGAAAGCGAUUGCCGGAUACAG